GUAGUCCCAGCGCCCGCACCCUGUAGGCACCGCCCGCCGCGUCACACGGCCCGGGCGGGCCGGGCCGGAGAGGCGGAACGGGGGCCGGGACCAGAAGGCGGCCGCCGCUCGCUGCCUCCGGGGCCGUGCCGAGCGGCCGGACGGUGAGAUGUCUCACAUCAAAAAAUCAUGGAGCUAGGAAAGGCGAAGCUUCUGAGAACAGGCCUUAAUGCCUUACACCAAGCAAUUCACCCCGUGCACGGUAUUGCCUGGACAGAUGGGAAACAGGUCAUCCUAACUUCUUUACACCUCCACAACGGAGAGCCCAAAUUUGGAGACUCGAGCGUUGUUGGCCAGUUUGAACAUGUUCACGGACUCUACUGGGGCCCGAGCCCCGCUGAUGCCCCAGCCCUGCUCGCUGUUCAGCAUAAAAAGCACAUCACCGUGUGGCAGCUCUGUCUGAACGCCGCAGAGAGGAAUAAGCUCUUGGUUUCUCAGAUAUGCGACAUCAGCGAGCCGUUUCCAGUGCUCCCCCAAGGCUGCGUGUGGCAUCCGAAGAAGGAGAUCUUGGCCGUGCUCACUACGCGCGACGCCUCGGUCCUGCACUCCGUUCAUCUCAACAGCUGUAGAGUCAAAGCCGAUAUCAAGGGCAGCGGGCUCAUCCACUGCGCUUGUUGGACUAAGGAAGGCAAUCGCUUAGUCGUCGGGGUGGGCAGUGCCCUUCAUUCGUAUAUUUGGGAUGAGGCUCAGAAAACGCUCCACGCUUGUUCUUUCUGCCCCAUCUUCGAUGUGGGAGGCUACAUCUGCGCUGUAGAAGCCACUCUGAAUUUCCAAGUUGCUGUCGCCACUGAGCUCCCUCUGGACAAGAUCUGCGGUUUAAACGCAGGUGUUGCCUUUGAAGUUCCAGCGAGCAUCGAGACCGAAUCCUUUCCCUCGCAGUCCAGCUUGUGUGGCGAGGAGGAGUUUUCCAUGGACGGGGGCAAAAAGUCGCUGGACUCUGAGAAGCCCGUGUCUGCUCUUCCAUCUCCCGUGGAUCUAACUCACCUGCUUUCCAGCAAGCAGGGUGCCGAUUCCAGUCCCCUGCUUCACCUGAGGCCCAAGGACUACCUGACGGGAAGCGGGCAGGACUCUUCACAUCUCAUUCUGGUGACUUUUGAGAGAAAGGUGACCUCUACCAAGAAAGUCAGCAUCCCAGGCAUUCUGGUUCCUGACAUAAUGGCUUUUGACCCCAAAACUCAAACGGUAUCGGUCGCCUCCAAUACCUGCAACAUUAUUUUAGUCUAUUCACUGACUUCGUCCAAUUUACCCAACAUUCAGCAAAUUCAGCUAGAAAAAAAUGAAAAACCAAAGGGUUUGUGCUUCUUGACCAACAAACUGUUACUGAUACUGGUUGGAAGACAGAAAUUCAGUGACCCCGCGUUUCUUCCCUCUUCGAGAUCAGACAAAUACAUGAUCCGGUUGAUGAUUAAGGAACUGAUAUUUGAAGUGGGUCCUUCAUCCGCAGCAGUUAACGGAAAUUCCUGUUUUAAUCUUUCCAACACACCUCAUGAUCUCCCUGCAGAUGUUCACCCUCUCAGUCGUGGGCUCUUGAUACCAGACCGUGCUGCCCCUCAGUCCCCUACCAGCAGGAGAAAGCUCAUUGAAGAAAUUAAGAGUCCUGCUUACGAGCAAAGCUCGUUGUUGAACAUGAGUGACCUCAAAGAAAAAAAGGUGUCUUUGGGUUUCCCUCCAGCUGUUGAGGCUCUUGAUGCUGAACCAGUAAAUCGGUCGGUGGUGUUGUCCACCACAUCGCUGUCGUUUUCCAACAAGCCAACUUCUCCUAAAAGGCAGACAGAUGGAGCUUCCAAAAUACCAAAUUCUUACAAGAAUAACCUGUUAAGUGAAAAGGAAGCGAGUUACUUUUCAAAAAACGUGGAAAAACUCUCUGGUAACUUUACCGAAUUGCAGCAUCACGUCUGUGAAUUAACUGAGCUGCUAAAAGCGGGGAAGAGAAAUCUUCCCCUGUACCCAUCUUCUCAGGAGCCCUCUUUUAUUAACAUCACCUACCAGAAGCAGCUUUCCAGGAAUGAUUCAGAUGAAAGGCGAUCUGUUAUUCUUUGUGAGGGUAAACUUCGUCUAAGUAUAGUCCAGCAGAUAUUCAACCUCUCUCUUGUAGAAAUGCAGCACGGUUCGUCCUGGAUUGUUCUCACAGCGGACAGCGAGGGCUUUGUGCCGUUGAUGUUUACGUCCAUGCAGGACGUAGUCGUGAGGGAUGCCAGCGCAAAAGGCUACAGUGCCCGUUCUUCCAAAACGCUGGACAUCAUCAGUUCUACAGAAGGCUGUAGACCCGCUUCUUCUGAAAGCCUGGAUAUCACGAGUUCUUUGGAAGUCCUCAGAGACUGUUCCUCCAAGGCUUUAGACAGCAGCAGUCCUUCGGAACAAGCCAGCAGUAAAAUGUAAUGUUGGGUGGUGGGUUUGUAAUGCUGUCGUACGGUAGGAGACACUGUAUGGACUGCAAAUUCUAAGUAAUGGUCUGUCUCAAACCUCGGUUGGAUUUCUGUCACUUCUGUUGAUAUCGUUGUAAAUUAUUUAUUUGGUCCUUGGAAAACUAGCUCUUUUUUUUUUUAUACCGAGACUUUUUUUAAAUAUGCCUCUUGCAUAUACCAGGUAUUUGUAUCAGUGCUUGAAAGUACAAGGGCUAACAAGCUCUAGAGCUGAAGUUAGCACCUCGGUCGUUAAUAUCUUGGUGGUUUUAGAUGAUAGAAAAGUUGCAUAAUAAAGACAUCCUUGAAAACAC